AUGUCGCCUGUUAGGGAACAAAAACGAAAAUCAUCACCUUCGAUAGGUCAAGCUGUCUUUUAUCCCAAUUCUCUGCCACCACCUUUACGUCGAUCUUCCAAAGCUCUCCCACCAUAUUCCUCCCGACCUGCUUCACCUACUUCCCCAUCCACUAUCACGCUCGCUACUCCUCCUCGACAGAUUUCCUUUGUGAAGAGUGGCGGUGGCGGUUCUUCAUCGACCUUUGACAGGUUCGACAAUGCCUCGGAAUAUCCUUUUCCUAGUCAAACUUCCCUUUCACCCACUCGAAAGUUGACACACUUAUUCGACGGCCUAUCUUUCACCACUCCUCAGAAUGUGAGCAACUACGAUACUUACAAUAGACUAUUGUACAGUGCCGGUUCGGAGCCCGAUUUGGACAUCACCACACCUCACGCACUUCCCCUAUCGGAUUUGAUCAAUGAUUCUUUGAUUGAAGAUAAUGACAAUCACGAGGUUGAACACAAUUCGAAAAACCAAUUAUUCUCCUCACCUGCUUUUAUCCCUGCUCAAGAUCCAUUCGAUUUCCCUCAACCUCCUUCGUCAAAGGGUUCACACAAUGGCUCAUUCCAGUUGAGUUCACCACCCAAACAAUCGUUCAGUCCUCAAUCGCAAUUGCGACUCAACGUACUUAGACAGCCAUCAUGGAGUGAACAAACAGGCUCGAAUGGAAAUUUAAACGGGAACCUCAGUGUGAAAGUGAACAAUCAAGCUACAUUUGAUCCCCCUUCUCCAUUAUCAGGUCCAGCAAUCUCUUCUUCUCGUCAUAGUUCAACAUCUGCCGAGUACCUUUUCCCAAAUCAAGUGCAAGGAUUCAACGAUGUUGAUGUUUUCUCAUCGAGUUACCAGCUCAACGCACCUAGACCCAUGCAACUGAACAAUCAACAAAUGUUCACUCCACCAUAUCAUGAUGAGACUGAAUUACCUACGCCAACCAAUGGUCUUCACCUACAUCACCCGGUUUUAUACCCUUCCGCACCAGUUUCUCAAUGCCCUACACCAUCCAUCACACCUCCCCCUCUUCCCCCUGUGGAACUACCUAAAUCGGAGAUCGCUGCGCAUUACUUGAAAGAUCGAAAACUGUGUUCAUCGUUCAGUCGAAGAUAUAUCAUCCGAGACGAACUCGGUUCAGGUGGUUUCGGAUUCGUUUGUUCAGCAUUACAAACUGGAUAUAAGAAUCAACCUGGUGUGGAAGUAGCUGUAAAGUUCAUUUUCAAAGACCGGAUUCAAGAAUGCGAUUAUGCAAUGUUGGAAGGUGAACCGGUAGAAAGUUUCGUUCUAGCUAGAGUUAGACAUCCAGGUAUUAUCGCGUUCAAAGAACUAUAUGAAGAUAAUGAAUUUUUCUAUCUUGUCCAAGAACUUCACGGUGAUCCAUGGGAGCCAGGACAUACCCUCGAAGUACCCGAUGCAUUACAUAACCCCGUCCCGGCCAUUACCCCAUCUUUACCAAUGUCAAUCCCCGCUAUCAACCCUCCUCAAACACCAGGUUCGGCCCUGCUCUUCUCUCCGGUACAUUCCAUCGACUGGUCAAAGCUCAAUCCGAUGAAUCCCUUAGAUGGGGAUACGAAGAAUGGAGGAAGACCCAAUAUGGCUAGAAGAGCUUCGUAUGAUCUGUUCGAAUGUGUUGAACAUCAGAGGUUUACCGAAGAUCAAUCUAGGAAAAUAUUCAGACAGAUUGUAGAUGCUGUUGGAUACUUGCAUCGAAGAGGGAUUUACCAUAGGGAUUUGAAAGAUGAGAACAUCGUUAUUGACAGAAACUUAUCUGUCAAGAUAAUUGAUUUUGGUUCAGCUGUCAUCGAAGAUCCCACUCAACCACCAGUCCUAUACGAUCAUUUCAGAGGAACCAUGUCUUACGCAUCGGCGGAAGUCCUGAAUGGAAAACAUUAUCAUGCUGGUCCAGCUGAUAUCUGGUCAUUGGGUAUUAUACUCGGUAUAAUCUUGACUGGAGAAUCCCCAUUUCCCAAUACCACUUGGGCUCAAGAUGGUCGAAUCAAGAUCAAAAGACAGAUCCCCGGAGGUGCAUUCGACUUGAUGACCAGAUGUUUGUAUACCGAUCCAAGAAGACGAGCGAGGAUAGAAGAAGUUGAAAGACAUCCUUGGUUAAGGGGUAUGUUGGCUCAUAGAGGAAGUAUCUGUUGA